AGCACCCUGAUUGCCCUGGCGGACAAACAUGCAACAUUGUCAGUCUACUAUAAAACCGGACCAGGGGGAGAAAACGACGAGGAAGGGGAAAUGGAAGAAGAAAUGGAAAAUCCAGAAAUGGUUGAUUUACCAGAGAAACUUAAGCAUCAACUAAGACAUCGAGAACUGUUUCUUUCUCGGCAGCUGGAGUCGCUACCUGCCACACACAUCAGAGGCAAAUGUAGUGUCACUCUUCUCAAUGAGACGGAGUCCCUGAAAUCAUACCUGGAGCGGGAGGAUUUCUUCUUCUAUUCUCUAGUUUAUGAUCCACAACAGAAGACUCUUCUAGCUGAUAAAGGAGAAAUUAGAGUGGGUAACAGAUACCAAGCAGAUAUAACAGACUUGCUAAAGGAGGGUGAAGAAGAUGGAAGAGACCAAUCAAAACUUGAAACAAAAGUUUGGGAAGCAUAUAAUCCAUUAAUCGAUAAACAGAUUGAUCAGUUCCUGGUGGUGGCACGAUCUGUUGGUACAUUUGCCCGUGCCCUAGACUGCAGUAGUUCAGUCAGACAGCCAAGCUUACAUAUGAGUGCUGCAGCAGCCUCCAGAGAUAUUACACUGUUUCAUGCAAUGGAUACUUUGCACAAAAACAUCUACGAUAUUUCCAAGGCCAUUUCUGCUCUGGUGCCUCAGGGUGGUCCAGUUCUCUGCCGAGAUGAAAUGGAAGAGUGGUCAGCUUCAGAGGCCAAUCUCUUUGAGGAAGCCCUAGAAAAAUAUGGAAAAGAUUUCACUGACAUUCAGCAAGAUUUUCUUCCAUGGAAGUCCUUAACCAGCAUCAUUGAAUACUAUUACAUGUGGAAAACAACAGACAGAUAUGUUCAGCAGAAGCGAUUGAAGGCAGCUGAAGCAGAAAGCAAGUUAAAGCAAGUGUAUAUACCUAACUAUAACAAGCCAAAUCCAAAUCAGAUUAAUGUAAAUAAUGCCAAGGCUGGUGUUGUAAAUGGCACUGGAGUACAGGGUCAGAGCCCAGGAGCUGGCCGGGCCUGUGAAAGCUGCUAUGCCACACAGUCUUACCAGUGGUAUUCUUGGGGUCCCCCUAAUAUGCAGUGUCGUCUCUGUGCAUCUUGUUGGACAUAUUGGAAGAAAUAUGGUGGCUUGAAAAUGCCAACCCGAUUAGAUGGUGAGAGACCAGGACCAAACCGCAACAACAUGGUAUGUGGAGAUCCUCAUGGUAUCCCUGUGCGGAAUAGUGGGAGUCCAAAGUUUGCUAUGAAGACAAGACAAGCCUUCUACCUACAUACAACCAAACUGACAAGGAUUGCCAGACGCCUCUGUCGAGAUAUAUUGCGUCCUUGGCAUGCAGCAAGACACCCUUACAUGCCUAUCAACAGCGCUGCUAUCAAAGCGGAAUGUACUGCCCGAUUACCAGAAGCCUCCCAGAAUCCUCUGGUAUUAAAACAAGUGGUACGAAAGCCUUUGGAAGCUGUGCUCCGGUAUCUAGAGACUCAUCCCCGCCCUCCUAAACCAGAUCCCAUAAAGAGUGUGUCUAGUUCUCUCAAUAACCUUACUCCUGCCAAGUCAACUCCAGUCAUUAAUAAUGGGUCCCCAACCAUCCUAGGCAAGAGGAGUUAUGAACAGCACAAUGGCAUGGAUGGCAACAUGAAGAAACGCCUUUUGAUGCCUAGCAGGGGACUGGCUAACCAUGGACCAACCAGACAAAUGGGACCAAGCCGAAACUUGCUGCUCAAUGGGAAAUCCUAUCCAACAAAAGUCAGAUUAAUUCGUGGUGGAUCCCUGCCUCCAGUGAAAAGGAGGAGGAUGAAUUGGAUUGAUGCUCCAGAUGAUGUGUUUUACAUGGCCACAGAGGAAACCAGGAAAAUCCGAAAGUUGCUUUCAUCUUCUGAAACAAAGCGAGCUGCCCGCCGCCCUUACAAGCCUAUCAUACUUCGACCAAGCCAGUCGCUACAGCUCAGGCAGCAGCCCCUGCCAGUGAAUGAGGAGCCCAUCAUCAUUGAGGACUAGCAGCCCUUGGGCCCUUCAGACCAGCUUCCCACCCUGACUGACCCUCUGGAACUCUUCUGGAUUUGUCCAAAAGACUUUUUUUCCACUGCCUUGCUGAGGCACUGAAGAGGGGAGAAUUGGCAAAGCACUGAUUUGCAUAUUUUAACCCCCUUAAGGAACUUGAUGACUUCUGUGACCAUAAACUGCUUUUGCCUGUGCACUCUCAUUCUUUUAUCUCUUCUAUCCCUCUCACCUCUUCCUCUUUUUCCUCUCUGCCCUCUCCCCCUCCCUUCU